GGAAUGGCAGAAUUUGUAGAAAAAUCAUUGGAAGAAUUGCUUCCAGUCUUUGAACAACUCAAAUUGGUUCAAUUAUUUUCUCCUGAGGAAGUUUGCGAUUUUAUUAAGAAUUGUCGUGAUUAUGAGUACAAAUUGUGCAAACAGACUAAAGUUGCCAAAGACUUUUUGGCAUAUGCAGCAUAUUUAGAAGAAAAAUUGGAUUUAAUUGUUGAACGACGAAAAGAAUUAAAGUUUUUACAUCGAUAUGAUCAAAUUGAUAGACCAUUAAAGCAUAAAUGUGCUCAUCUUUAUCGAAUAUGUGCUGCUAGAUUUAAGAAAAUGGAAUAUCAUAAUAAAGAAAUUGCUUUUCUACACAAUGCAAAAAUGCGCAAAUUAUGCAGUCGGGCUUAUACUCGUUUACUUCAAAUUUAUGCCCAUUUACCUGAAAAUCAUGUGAGAGCUGCUCGCUUUGAAUUUUUUGAUAAUAAAAGUGCAGAAAAUGCUCGAACAUUAAUUUUGAUGGGUUUGAGGAAAUUUCCACAAUAUGUUCCUCUUUGGGUGACACAUUUUGAAAUUGAAUUACGUUAUGUGGCAAGAUUACUUGAACGACGAGAAUUUUUAAUGAAAACGGACGAUCGUAGCAACCAUCUACAUUCUAAAAAUAAUGAAGAGAUUAAAAAAUCAUUUGAUCCUAUCAAUACUGGAGAUGAUGAAUUUUUAAAAUUGAGUCUUGCAAAAGUUGUUUUUGAAAUGGCUGUUAAAACAAUUCGUGAAAGGGGACAUAAAGCAGGAUUAAUUCGUCAAUUCAUUAAAAUAGCUGAAGAUUGUGGUGAAUUUACAAAAGAUUUGGUUGCAAGUAUGCGUGAAUAUAUGAGUAUUUAUGGACUUGAAUUGGAAGAAGAAAUUGAUCAAAUGGAGGUUCCAAAUGAAGAUUUAUUUGAAAUUGACACAAAAAGAAUGGGAAGUGAUGAAAUAAAAAAAGAAGAAGAAAAUAUAGUUAAAGUUGAAAGGAAAAGUGUUUUGGAUGGUUUUAAUCCUGAUGAUCCGGAAAUUAAAAAGUUACUUGAAAAGGCUUCACUUACAGAAGAUUAUGAUUCAAAACCUUUGGAUGAAGUAUUAAAACGUUCAAAAACACAAGAGAAAAAAAUGAGAAAAUCUCAGAAUUCCCAAACAGCAGGGGAAAGUUGGUUUGGAUUGCCUGCUUCUGAAAUGGAUGAAGAAAAACGGAGAGAUUUGGAAUUGAUACAAAUGAGAAAUAUAUUAGAUCCAAAGCAGCAUUACAAGAAAAGUGACAGAAAUGUUUUGCCAAAAUAUUUUCAGAUUGGUCAAAUAGUUGAAUCUAGCGCCGAUUUCUACUCUGCUCGUUUAAAUAAAAAACAACGUAAAAAUACUUUGGCAGAAGAAUUAAUGAAUGAUCACGAAAUUAUUGCUAAAAACAAAAAACAUUAUGCUAAAAUUGUUCAAAAAAGAGAAGCAACAAAAGGUGUUGGAGUAUUUAAAAAGUCUGGGUAUUUACCUAAACAUAAAAAGAAGAGACGGAAAAAUUUUUAA